UUCGCUCACACACCCUCCUUCGUCACUUUAAGACAUCCCCACCACCCACCCUUCAAAAUGUACAAGCUGGUCGUAUUCGCCGCUCUCCUGGCCGUCGCCGCCGCCGCCCCCGGAAUCUACGGAGGCCUGGCUGCCCCCGGCAUCUACGGAGGCCUGGCCGCCCCCGUCUCCCCAUGGGGCCACGGCAUCGUCGGCGCCCCCCUAGUGAGCGCCCCAAUCGUCAAGGCUGCGGUGCCAGUGGCCACCUCCUACGCUAACUCUGUCAGGAUCGCCUCCCCCGCUGUGGCUGUGGCGCCCCAAUAUGCCGUGGCUGCCCACGCUCCCGUGAUCGCAGCGCCCUACGGCCACGCCUGGUGAGCUGCCUCCUAGGCCCGCUAGCCCCACCCGGCCAGCCCAGGCCUCCACCACCCAGGCCUACACCAUCUGGGCCCAACCCGAGUGCAACAGUCAAUAAACAAAUAUUUAUUUAUAUAGCAAUAAGAAAUUCGGAAUGAUAGUAGAGCAAAAGUCUAACUGUAACGAGUUGGAAUGUUAUGCCCUUGCGUUUGGAUAAUAAAUGUAAUAGUAUUGUUUUAUAAAC